AUGAUUUUGGGCGGGAGUCCUCAUCCUUUUUUCGAUAGAAAAACAUCCAUCGUGAGUAAGUACAUUAGCGAAUUGGAUGAUUGCGAGAAGCUAUUUAUUCCAAUGCAUGACGAUUGCCCUGGUCAUUGGUAUCUGUGCGUCAUUGACUUCAAAGACUUUGAUAUCCAAAUUUUGGAUUCAUUACGAUCGAAGAGUCGGGACGAGUUCCGGUUUAAGAGUGUGAAAAAAGUGGGAAAGAUGUCUUCCAAUUCUCCAUUGAUUGGGCUCCUUCGAUUCCAACCCAAGAUAAUGGGUGGGACUGUGGAGUGCAUGUCAUUAGACAUAUGCAGAGAUUCAAAAAUGGUGAUUCGAUGACGAGAUCCGACUUUUGUAAUUCCCUUAAAAUACGUCGAGAAAUAGCAUGUGAUUUAGUUUUACACGAGGGAAAUAGAGAAAAACAAACCAUUGUGGCUAUUGUUUGUACAA